UGGAUUUCUCAGACUCUAAUGUCCUGUGAAUCUUGGUGAAUGUAUUCUGGGCAGAGAAUAUGCUUUCUGUGGAAAUCUGUGGGCUUCCACACCACGCCUGCUGUUAGAAAGGCCGUAUGAGAUAAUACGAUGGUCCUGAGUGGAGGACACAGGUGUCAGAUGUGGUGCUGGCUCUGACGCUGAUGCUUGGAUCGUAAGUGACAUGAAAGACAGAGGAGUUCGUUUAACCAAGGAGAGUUAGUGAGGGCCUCCAACCUGAAAGACUUGAUACCAGAAACAGCCCAGCGGAAAUCCCUGACAUGUGCAAAGAAUCUGACCAAGAUCUCCCAGAGUCACCACGCCCUUCCAAAGUCCGCACAGGCUCCUGACUCACCUUGCUAAUAAGAAUCCUAUGUGGCUACAAAUUUUGGGAAGAAUUGGCCCAUGGCAAAGGCCAAACACAUAGUAACAAAAACCAAUGGAGGACUUAUUUUCUCUUUUCCAGACCAAAGGCUUCCAAUUCUCCUAACUCUUUCCUGAUGGAGGGUUUUGUUGACCAUCCGAGGCUGAAUGCUGGCUGUCAAGCUCCCUCCAACUGGGGGCCUCAGGAUUCCCAUGAGCCCUCCCAGAAGAGUCUUCAUCUUUUCGUCCUAUAUUUUCUUUAUAAUCUGAGCAUAUGGCACAGUCCUGCAUACACAGCAGAUGUUUGAUAUACAUGUGGUGAAUUUCACUGUCUUGUCCAUUUGGCCAGUAUAUCACAGGUCACUCCAUCGGUGGUCAGAGCUCUUCCUACAAAUAUUGGAUGAGCACCUGCUCUGUGCCUGGGGUGAUCCUAGGUCUCUUGGACACGUCAGCAUGUAGAGCAGGUGCAUGCAUGGCUCUGCCCUGUGAGGCUUAUGUCAGUCACAGUGGUGUUCUACCCACCCCAUAUAAUUGCUUAUUAGCCUUGAUUAAGUCCCCAGAGCCUUUUUACAUAUUUAUCUUAGUUUGUUCCGUGGCAACCCUAUGAUACAGUUAUUAUUAUUUCCAGAUGAGAGUUGAGAAAGCCGAGGUCCAGCAAGAUUAAAUGAUUAACCCAUGGUCAUGCAGCUGUGAGUGCCCCAGUUGAAACUCAAGCUCAAGUCUUUUCGUGUUGUCUAAACCUGUGCUACAACUCGCCUCAUCAAAGUCUCCCACUGAGCUUUGCAAAAUAAUUAGGUGAUCCCCUAGUCAUCAUUCUUUCUUUACAAGGAAAUCCUGAUUUUGUUUUUUAUCCUGCCUCCUCAUAGGUGAAAGCCAUGCCUAUCUAAGAAUUACCCCCCUUCCCCCCAAAAAAAGCAAUUCCAAGGGAAGGCAGAACCCCUAAAAUUGCUGCUAAGUAUCAGCAGCAUUCAUCUCAAGUGUUACUCAACUGAGAUCUUCACAUGUGAUCUCAAUCAAGGAAAAGAAGAACUGCUCCAAACGAUAUUUUUCUGAAGACUUGCAAAACUUCAGAAGCUAAGCCUAUUUGAAACAGGAAGCUGUGUUGUUUCCUACCUUACUAAUGUCUCUGGUGGUAUCAGAUGGUAUCUCUGUUUCACGACUGGCAAGACCUAAGCUAUCACUGGAUGCAUAAAGGACUUUGCUCAAUUAGCAGGGACAAGAAAAAUGGAAACCUCGGUCAAUGGGAUUGAGACUGGCAGUGAUGCUGUGGAGACUACACCCUAUGACUACGAGUUGGCAACGCCAUGUAUAAAGGUCAAUGUCAAGGAUGUGGGGGCCCACUUCCUGCCCCCACUGUAUUCCCUGGUGUUUGGCGUUGGUCUGCUGGGCAAUGUAGCCGUGGUGGUGAUCCUCACAAAAUACAAGAGGCUCCGAAUUAUGACCAACAUCUACCUGUUCAAUUUGGCCAUUUCUGACUUGCUCUUCCUAUUCACGCUGCCAUUCUGGAUUCACUAUAUUUUGCGGAAGGAGUGGGGUUUUGGCCACCAUAUAUGUAAAUUCCUCUCUGGGCUCUACUACCUGGGCUUGUACAGUGAGAUCUUCUUCAUCAUCCUGUUGACCAUAGACCGGUAUCUGGCCAUUGUCCAUGCUGUAUUUGCCCUUCGAACCCGGACCAUCACUUUUGGUAUCAUCACCAGUGUCUUCACCUGGAUCCUGGCAGGGCUAGCAGCCCUCCCUGAAUUUAUCUUCUAUGAGUCCCAAGAGGAGUUUGGAGAUGUGGUCUGCAGUCCUCUUUACCCAAAGAAUGGAGAAAAUACCUGGAAGCUUUUCCAUGCCCUUAGGAUGAAUAUUUUGGGUCUUGCUCUGCCUCUGCUCAUUAUGGUUGUCUGCUACUCAGGAAUCAUUAAAACACUGCUGAGAUGCCCCAGUAGAAAAAAAUACAAGGCCAUCCGGCUCAUUUUUGUCAUCAUGGUGGUCUUCUUCAUCUUCUGGACACCCUACAACCUGGUUCUCCUUCUCCUUGCUUUUCAAAUAAACCUGGAGGCCAGCUGUGAACAGAGCAAACAGCUGGACCUGGCCCUGCUGGUGACGGAGGUGAUCGCCAAUUCACACUGCUGCGUCAACCCCGUAAUCUAUGCCUUUGUUGGCGAGAGGUUCCAGAAGCACCUCCGCCACUUUUUCCACAGACAUGUGGCCAUCUACCUGAGCAAAUUCAUCCCAUUUAUUCCUAGUGAAAGAAUGGAAAGAACCAGCUCUGUCUCCCCAUCAACGGGAGAGCAGGAACUCUCUGCUGUAUUUUAGGUCAGAUGCAGAACAUUGUCUGAAGAAGAUGAAGCAAAUACAUUGACCUCUAUACCAGUCCUUUGAACUUCCAGCACAGCACUGAAGCUCUGAAGACAUUAAAAUAUAUACACAAUGGUGGAGGUAUAUCUAUGCACCCCAAAGUCAUUACCAAAGGUCAAUGGUUGGGCAGUGACUCGUGGUCAACCCUGAAGAGCAGAGCUUUGCUUGAUUCUCUCAAGAGUUACAUACAUUUUAAUGCACCUGAAGUUAGAUAGUUACUAUAUGCAGCUACAAACAAGUAAAGCUUAUCUUCUUUUACUUCAGCCAGUUAUUGACAUAAAGGAAACAUAUUUCACAAAAUACAAUAAAUCGAUUACAUUCCUUCUAAA